AUGGCAGCUCUGGGAGAAGAGUUGCUUACCACCGUCAAUCGGCUACAGGACCUCGUCUUCAAUACCAUCGGCAAUGAUUCUUUGGAUUUGCCUCAAAUUGAAGUGGUCGUCAUUAACGGAGGGUCCUCGAUACAAUUACAGGUCGUUGUAGGCAGUCAGUCUAGCGGGAAGAGUUCCGUCUUGGAGAACAUUGUCGGCAGGGACUUCUUACCCCGUGGUUCCGGCAUUGUCACCCGUAGACCGUUGGUCCUCCAGCUCAUCAAUGUCCCCACCGAUGAGCUCAUUGAGCCGCAUACCCCAUCGGCAGUGUCCAGUCAACGAGAAUGGGCUGAAUUCCACCAUAUACCCGGUCGUCAGUACUACGACUUCACUGAAGUGCGAAAGGAGAUCGAAAACGAAACGGCUAGAAUAGCAGGAAACAACAAGGGAAUUAAUAGACAGCCGAUUAAUUUGAAGAUUUAUUCGCCUCAUGUUCUUAGUUUGACGUUGGUGGAUCUGCCCGGUCUUACCAAGGUGCCAAUUGGUGACCAGCCCACCGAUAUCGAAAAGCAGACCAGAAGCUUGAUUUUAGAAUAUAUUGCAAAACCAAACAGUAUUAUCCUUGCCGUCAGUCCCGCCAAUGUCGAUCUUGUCAACUCCGAGGCCCUCAAGCUAUCGCGACAGGUCGAUGCCCAGGGAAAACGAACAAUUGGUGUCCUUACAAAACUCGACCUUAUGGACCAUGGCACGAAUGCCCUCGAUAUUCUUUCAGGUCGCGUUUAUCCCCUAAAGCUCGGUUUUAUUGGUGUCGUGAACCGAAGUCAGCAGGAUAUCAAUGGCAACAAGAGCUUGCAAGACGCCUUGGCAGCCGAACAAGAAUUCUUUAGACAUCAUCCUGCCUACAGAAAUAUGGCGCAUAGAUGUGGAACGCAGUUUUUGGCGAAGUCCCUCAAUACUACUCUCAUGGGUCACAUUAGGGAAAGGCUUCCGGACAUUAAAGCUCGAUUGAACACACUCAUGGGUCAGACACAGCAGGAACUCGCUUCGUAUGGAGACAUGCAUUUUAGCGGGAAGGAGCACAGGGGCUCCUUAAUUUUACAAUUGAUGACUAAAUUCGCUGGAAGCUUUAUAUCUUCCAUCGACGGUACCUCGUCCGAAAUCUCGACUAAGGAGCUUUGUGGUGGCGCCCGAAUCUAUUACAUCUUCAACAAUGUGUUUGGUGGUUCUCUAGAAUCGAUAGACCCUACGAUGAAUCUCACCGCUUGGGAUAUCAGAACUGCUAUUCGAAACUCUACCGGUCCCCGCCCGUCUCUUUUCGUACCGGAACUUGCGUUCGACCUGUUGGUGAAACCACAGAUUAGGCUAUUAGAGGGGCCAAGUCAGAGAUGUGUAGAGCUGGUGUAUGAGGAAUUAAUCAAGAUUUGCCACACUUGUGGUAGCAAUGAACUCUCCAGAUUCCCACGGCUACAGGCUAAGUUGAUUGAGGUGGUUUCGGACUUGCUGAGGGAGAGACUUGGCCCAGCAUCAACAUAUGUUGAGAGCUUGAUCGCGAUACAACGAGCAUACAUUAAUACAAACCACCCCAACUUCCUCGGAGCUGCCGGAGCUAUGUCUUCGGUAAUUUCGAGCAAGCAAGAAAAGGAAAAAUCGGCUGCUAUUGUGGCCCGAAGAGAGAAGAGAGUCGCUGAUAAGAGAAGGCCAAACUCGCUAUUAGCACCUUCUGUCAACGGAGCUGAUUCGCCCGAGCUCGAAGAAGUUAACGGUGUUGAUGCUGCAAAUAGAGGAAUUUCCCCAGUUGCACAACAGAUGGAAUCUAUAACCAACCUUGCAAGGUCACAUAGCCGACCUAGAUCCCCAUCAACUGCAUCACAUGCUGGAAGCUUGGGUCAGAAAGACUCUUUCCUUACCUACUUCUUCGGGAAUAAAGAUCAGAUCCCAGGACCCGCUGCCGCUAUGGUAGGAAUGCCAGCUCGAAACGCAACGCCUAGCGGGCUUGCACAAGCUAUGAGGCAACAGGAGGCGAACAAUGUUAUGAUGCCACAGCAUAUUGCAGUUGCUCCUCCUAUGCCUUCAGCAUUCGCAGCCCCACCGCCCCCACAAAUGAUUCCGGACUACGAUGCACCUCCAACAUUUGAGGAACCCGCUCUUUCCGAGCGAGAGCAAAUGGAAACGGAAUUGAUCCGUAGGCUUAUCUCAUCUUAUUUCAAUAUUGUUCGCGAAAUGAUUGCGGACCAAGUACCGAAAGCUAUUAUGCAUCUGCUCGUCAACCACAGCAAGGACGUGGUCCAGAACAGAUUGGUCUCAGAGUUGUACCGUGAAGAGUUCUUUGAAGACCUACUUUACGAGGAUGAUAACAUUAAGAGUGAACGUACUAAAUGCGAGAGGUUGUUGUCGACAUACAAGGAGGCAGCUAAGAUUAUCAGCGAGGUUUUGUAG